CCACAGAGAGGCGGGGGAUUGCGAACAGACCGACUGACUGGAGGUCUGCUGCGGACUCAGUUGGAGCUGCAGACAGUAAAAUAGGUGGGAAAAGUUCGUGCUAACUACCUUCACGUUUCAAACGGAGCACAGAGAGGCAGCGCUGGAGCUUUUCAAGGUCAGCAGUUCCUGCAGUCAGACAUGAGGAGCCCUCCAGGCCCUGGUUGCUGAGCAGCUGAGGUCAGAGAUCAAGCGCUUGUUCCGGCAGCCAUGGCUGACAGAGAGGGGCUGCCCGUUGCUCCGGGCCAGGUCUACAUCGAGGUGGAGUACGACUACGAGUACAAAGCCAAAGACAAGAUGGUGAGCAUCCGCCAGGGAGAGUGGUACAUGCUGGUGAAGAAGACCAACGAGGAUUGGUGGCAGGUGAGGAAGGACGAGGGCACAAAGGCUUUUUACGUGCCGGCGCAGUAUGUCAGGGAGGUGCGUCGGGCCCUCAUGCCCCCCCAGAAGCCCACUUUGAGGGCAAAGCCUACUGUAUUGGAUAUCUGUCGAGCAUCUAAUGAGAACCUCAACAGACCCCAGCCGGAGAUGUCCAGCUUCGGGCGGCCAUCACCUUCCUCCACCCCGUCUCCAUCCUCUGAUCGGGUCACUCCGCCAGCUCUGUCUAAGGAUUCUAACCAGAACCUGGGGAGUCCCCUUCACUGCAAGGUGGUGGCGGAACUGGUACUUCUUCACAACAACAAUAACCAUCACCACGCUAACAAUUCCACAUUGCCAAGGACAAGGGCGGACUCCCCUCCGCUCAAAGUGGGGGACAACCACAACAGAAGUCCAGACAGUGAUAAGACGUCCCCACCGAGCGAGCCGCCGGGAGAGGGGCUUAACAAGCUCCAUAACGACUCCGAGUCUGGGGACGAGCUGAGCAGCAGCUCAACAGAACAAAUGCAGACCACGUCACCCACAGGUCAGGGCCGGUCCGACUCGCCGGUCUACACCAACCUCCAGGAGCUGAAGAUCUCUCAGUCCAGCAUGCCCCCCAUCCCCUCCGGCUCCCCUCUCCACAUCCUGGGCGACUGGGAGACCCACAAAGACCUGAGCGGCCGGCAUUUCUACUACAACCGUGCCACUGGAGAGCGGACCUGGAAGCCGCCGCGAACCAGGGACACCAGCGGCAGCUCCAGCAGUGUCCGAGGAGACAGCCAGGGCACGGCGGAGAGUGAGCCACUGUCCUCAGAGGAAAACUGCCACAGCACACACUCGAGUCAGUCUGACAGUCAGUACGGGUCGCCCCCUAGAGGCUGGUCUGAAGAGCUGGAUGAACAUGGACACACACUCUAUGUCUCUGAAUUCACACAGGAGAAGUGGAUAAAACAUGUGGAUGAACAGGGCCGGCCCUACUACUACAGCGCUGACGGAUCCAGGUCAGAAUGGGAACUGCCCAAGUACACAUUCUCCCCUCAGUCCGGAGAGGUUCCCAAGAGCCGCAGCCUGGAGAGGAAGCAGCCGGAUCCCAUCGUCCUCACCAAGUGGAGACACAGCACCUACGUGUUAGACCUCAACGACAAGGAGUGUGCUCCGGCCCCCAAGCAGAGCCCUCCAGACUCUGACUCCUGCCCCUCAUCUCCUAAGCACCCCUCAACACCUUCAGAGAAGUGUGGAGUCCUCAACGUCACCAAAAUCACAGAGAAUGGAAAGAAAGUCAGGAAGAACUGGACCUCCUCGUGGACGGUGCUGCAGGGAUCCUCGCUGCUCUUUGCAAAGGGUCAGGGGGGCAGCACCAGCUGGUCUUACUACCGCAGCGGCUCCAUCCCUGAGCUUCUCCUCACUCUCCUUAGCAACUGGAAGCGUUCAGUAAAGCCCCGUCCUGCUGUCUCCUAUGUGAACUGUAGGCCUGUGCAGGCUGCUGCUAAGUUCGGCAGCAACCAGUCAAAGCCGGAGUUCACAGUUGAUCUGCGAGGGGGGUCAGUGGACUGGGCCUCAAAGGACAAGUCGAGCAAGAAGCACGUCAUCGAGCUGAAGACGCGUCAGGGGACAGAGCUCCUGAUCCAGUCAGAGAUCGACAGCGUCAUCAACGACUGGUACCGCGCCCUCACAGAGACCAUCAACACACACGCCUGGGAGUCAGACGAGGCCAUUGAGGAGGACAUGCCUGAGUCUCCAGGAGCUGAGAAACAGGACAAAGAGAAGGACCAGCGGGACUCCAAGAAGAACAGAGUGAUGAAGAACUCUGUGAGCAUGGACGCGUCAGACCAGAAGAAGACCAGGUUGAAGCUGAAGAAGUUCCUCACACGUCGACCCACCUAUCAGGCUGUGCGAGACAAAGGAUACAUCAAAGAUCAGGUGUUUGGCUGCAGUCUGACCAGUCUGUGCCAGCGGGAGAACACAUCAGUGCCCAACUUUGUCACAAUGUGCAUCGACCACGUGGAGAACACAGGUCUAAGCAUUGACGGUUUAUACAGAGUGAGUGGAAACCUGGCUGUGAUCCAGAAGCUCCGCUUUGCUGUAAAUCACGAUGAGACAUUGGACCUGAACGACAGUAAGUGGGAGGACAUCCACGUCACCACCGGAGCUCUCAAGAUGUUCUUCAGAGAGCUCCCCGAGCCGCUCUUCACAUACGGCUCCUUCGAUGACUUCGUCGAGGCCAUCAAGAGCUCCGACUACAAGCAGCGAUUGAAUUCAAUCAAAGAUUUGAUCAAGAAGUUGCCAAAACCGAACCACGACACAAUGCAGGUCCUGUUCAAACACCUCAGGAGGGUGAUCGAUCACGGCGAGGCCAACCGUAUGACCACCCAGAGCGUGGCCAUCGUGUUCGGACCCACGCUGCUGCGGCCCGAGACCGAGACGGGCAACAUCGCGGUCCACAUGGUGUACCAGAACCAGAUAGUGGAGCUCAUACUGCUCGAGUACGAGAGCAUCUUUGGCAGGUAGAGGCGCCCGCUCAGAAGAGGACGCUGGCUUCUUGUUCCAUUAUCCCCCUUUUUCUUUGACUGAGCUGAACAUUGCUGUGGACCAAGCAGUCGGGGGAGAAAAAGAAAUCAAUACAUUUACAUUCAUCGAUGGGACAGUUUAGGAAAAAUGUUGCACUUACAGAUGAGUUUAAAACAGGUGUACAGAUUCCACCCGCUUUUUCAGCCAUCAUGUGUGCUGCGCGUGGCGGGCCGGACCGUGGACAUUGUUUCAGAGUGAUGACGUGAUGCUGUGAUGACGUCCGUGUGAUUUGGUGGGCUUUUGAGUAUUCAGGUGUUUUCACAUGCACUGGAUCCCUGUGGCCAGUAAUACAAACUCUUAAACAGAACCGGCGGCAAUGUUUUUUUUUGCCUCCUGGUGAAGCCGACCAGACUUUUUUUUUUUUUUUUUUUUUUUUUUUGUGGCAUUAAAAGUCAAAACUGGCAACCUCAUCAACCUCUCGGAAGGCUUGAGCUGAAUCUGGACUGUAUGGGUUUUUUUUUUCUUUUUUCGGCGUCGUGGAGCUUUUGUCUGUUGAUGUUUCAGCCGUGUGUGGUGUCGGAUCAGAUGGAGAAAAUAAUCAGUGUUAUAUUAACAGACUGUCUUUUGGCACUUCAUGAUGAUGAUGAUGAUGAUGAUGAUGAUGAUGAACUGGAGUUACAGAUGGUGUUCCCAACUUCCCACAAUCCCACAUCUCUUCAUCCCCCGUCCCCUCCCCCGUCCCCCCCUGUCCUCAACCUCUCUUUCAACCAGUGUUAAGCAUUAACCCUGUGACAUGAAUGAUGGAGGACAAACACCUCUGUGUGUGUGUGUGUGUGUGUGUGUGUGUGUGUGCAUGUGUGUGCGCGAGUGUGAAUGAAUUUACCUUAAUGGGAUAAAACCUGAGCAGAAGCACCCUCGUCUUGCCACUUUGUACAAACGUGUGUGUCGUGUAGUCUUCGUGCUUUUCGGUAAAGUCUUCGUUUAAGCUGCUGGGGUUCAUCGUCUGUGCUCCUUUAUGAACUUCAGUGUUUGUGGGGAAACGUCACAAAGGUCCUGGUGUAACUGGAAGAAAACAACAAAGUGGAUUUGUGGGAGCUGCACUGUUACCAGUUUUUACAUGAGUUGUUACCUGGCUUGUUUCUCUCCGCUAAGCUAACAUUAAAGAGUAUUUGGAGAAGGCAAACGGUACAAAGAGAGUUUCAAAGAUUUGAUGUUUGGGAGCGUUUGGGUGUUAGAAUGCAAAGAAGAGCCUUUAAAAAAAAAAAAACAACCUUGCAGAGCAUAUGUACAGAAACUAGCUGUUGAAAUGUGUUCUAGUGACUGAGGUAUGUAUGCUUUGAUGGUGAACAAGUGAAAGCUUUGAUUUUGAUUUUGUAAAUUUGAAAUAAAAGAUAAAGAAAUACACAUAUUGUGAAAAAAAACAACAACCACACGAUCGACUGUUACUUUCGUUUGAAGGUGUAUCUGGAGUGUUUGCGCAUGGUCAGCUGCACAUUUUGAAUGUAAUUUUCAGGCUAACUGCUGUUUGUGAAAAUGCUACGUCUAAUAAAAAAGAGAAACUAAAUGUUCCAG